UAUUUCCUAUUCAUGCUAUUGACACAGAUGUUUAUCAUGUUUUUCAUCAAAUUAGUACAACACAUAUACAUGUACAUGUAUAUUGAAAUACUGUAGGGAACAUUUGACCCAGGGAUUAUGCAAGAAGGAUAAGAUUUUUAUGAGAGUUUCCAAGAUGGAGUACCCAACAUCAGGACAGUCUCCUAAUGCUGCAACAAUAAGUGGUGAAGCUGCAGCCAUGUUGAACACAUUCUGGCCUGAUGCAAUGAAAGAUAUCAGAGACCUGAAAAAUGAUGAUUUCAAACAACAGAUUCUGCCUCUUGCCAGAAUUAAAAAGAUCAUGAAACUAGAUGAAGAUGUAAAGAUGAUUAGUGCAGAAGCUCCAGUAUUAUUUGCCAAAGCUGCAGAAAUAUUUAUCAGUGAGCUGUCACUAAGAGCCUGGAUACAUACUGAGGACAAUAAAAGGAGAACAUUACAGAGAAAUGAUAUUGCCAUGGCUAUUUCAAAGUUUGACCAGUUUGAUUUCCUGAUAGAUAUAGUACCUAGAGAUGAACUUAAACCUACCAAACGAACCGAAGACACGUCAAGAACUAACAACAUGUUACCAGAACAAAUACAGUAUUAUCUACAGCUAGCUCAACAACAGGCACAGCAAGCACAACAAGCCCAACAACAGCAACAACAAACAACACAACCUACACAACAAGUCACCACACAAGUGUCACAGCCAACACAAAUACAACUGCCAGGUGGACAAAUACAGAAUGUCAUACAGCAACCCUCCUACCAAAUACAGUCAGCUUCUAAUACUCUUCAACAGCCACAGGUGAUUCAGAUCCAAGCUCCUUCUGUAUCACAACAGCCACAGGUACAGACUGUGCCAAGUAACCAACAGAUUCAGCAAGUCCAAGUUCAACAACAACAGCAGCAGCAACCCCAACAACAAACACAGGUCUAUCAACAAGUCAUAACAGCUAGUGGAGAAGUACAAAAUGUUCCUAUACAAUUAACACCAGCACAGCUACAAGCCAUACAGAUGCAGUUACAAGGAAAACAAACCAAUCAAAAUGUUAUUAUUCAGCAAGGGGCACAACCAGCUGUUCAAACAGUGUCAGCAGAUUCUCAAUUUAAUCAGCAAAUGUUCCAAAUUCAACAGCUUCCUGGACAAAGUGGACAGCAGAUUUAUAUACAACAAUCUGAUGACCAAACAGACGGAGCGCAAGAUGUGUCAUAGCUUUAUUGACAAAUAUUUUAAUUAUCAAAUCAUGGUACAUUGUUAAAAUGCCAUAUUGGUGCACAUUUUCUACAUUGACAUUCAAACCAUGUUUUAAGCCAAAGCUUUAUUUAUUUUGCAUUGUUCAGUUCAUAAAAAGUUUCAUUAUUUCCAGGAAGAAAAUCUGAGAUAUGUAUAUAU